AUGGAGUCCGCCUCCUCAGUGUUCGUGUGCUUCCGUCUCUCCAAGCCCUCCUCCUCCUUCUGCUCUCUGCCGCUACUGAUAAGAACAACAGACAUCCAGCAGCUGAUUGCUCCUCCUGAAGAGCCCCCGCCUCCGUCGCAGGGGGAGAACUCUACUUUGAAGCAGGAAGCUUUACAGCCAUUUCACAUUAAAAAGGAAGAGGAGGAACUCUGCAUCACUCAGGAGGGAGAGUGUCUUCUCGGGCAGGAGGAAGCUGAUCACACCAAAUUGCCACUAACAAUUGUCUCGGUGAAGACUGAAGAAGAUGAAGAGAAACCACAACCAGACAACUUCUUAGCUCCACUAUCAGAUAGUGAGGCUGAAGACGAGGUUGAAGAACCUUUGAACAGCGAUACAGACUGUGAAGGUGAUAUGAGGACUCACGCUGACAACAAACACUCCGACUGCUCUAAAGAGAAGACUUGUAAAACAAUUUUGAGCUGUUUAGUUUGUAGUACAAGUUGUACAAACAAAAGCAAUUUGACUGAACACAUGAGAACACACGCAGGAGAAAGAACAUUUUAUUGUUCAGUUUGUGGCAAAAGCUUUUCUCAAAAUAGCAGUUUGACUCAACACAUGAGAACGCACACAGGAGAAAGACCAUUUGAUUGUUCAGUUUGCGGUAAAAACUUUUCCCAAAAGAGCCAUCUGACGCAACACAUGAGAACACACACAGGAGAAAAACCAUAUACUUGCUCAGAUUGCGGUAAAAGCUUCUUUCAAAAUAGCAGUUUGACUGAACACAUGAGAUCGCACACAGGAGAAAAACCAUUUAUUUGUUCAGUUUGCGGCAACAGUUUUUCUCAAAAUAGCAGUUUGACUCAACACAUGAGAACGCACACAGGAGAAAGACCAUUUGAUUGUUCCGUUUGCGGUAAAAGCUUUUCCCACAAGAGCAGUUUAACUCAACACAUGAGAACGCACACUGGAGAAAAAACUUUUCAUUGUUCGGUUUGUUGCAAAAGCUUUUCUCAAAACAAACAAUUGAUUGUCCACAUGAGAAAGCACACCGGGGAAAAACCAUUCAACUGUUCAGUUUGCUGUAAAAGCUUUUCUCAUAGGGGCAAUUUGACUAAACACAUGAGAACACACACUGGAGAAAAAUCAUUUAAUUGUUCAUUUUGUAGCAAAAGCUUCUCCUACAGACAGGGUUUGACUCGCCACGAAAUGAAACACACGGGAGAGAAAACAUUCAGUUGUUCAGUUUGUGAGAAAAGUUACACUCAAAAGACACAUUUGUCUGAUCACCUAAGAACACACAGUAGAAAAAACGUCUAGUUGUUUGUGGUGAAAGUUCUCCUCAAAGUAACAUGAUAUCUCAUCCCACGAGAACACACACAAGAGGAAAAUAUUUAGAUGCCCAAUUUAUAGUGAAAGGUUUUUCUAUUGACAAAAUACACAUCAAUCAACACCCUGAAGAAAAGCAUUACAGCUGUUCAGUAUGCAGUAUUUGCUGAAAUGUCACAUGAAAACACACAGAAAAACUAUUUGCUCAGUUUGUGUUAAAGCAUUUUAGCAGAGACUAGGUUCCGGAUCCUCAUUUGUUCCAAAGUAGUGGCCAUCGUCGGCUCUCACAAAGUCUGCCUUGAUUAGUGGCAGCAAACACAGAACCCUCUCUCCAUGUUAUUGUUGUUUAUGGAAGUAGCGCAAUGUUGCUAUGCACUCUGUGAAAUGAAUGCACCCUGGAAAUAUAUUACUGACAGAAAAUGCUCAAAAUUACAAAGAUACUAUAAUUAUUACAUAGAACAUUGCAUGUUAUGAAUUUGUGUGUCACUAAUUGUCCGGUUCAAACACUGAUUACAUCUAUUAAACAAGACAAGAAGCAAGGAAUUAAACAGAGACAGAAUUACAAUUGGCUCAAUUGAGGAGAGACGUCUGGGCUGUACUCUUGUACAGUCUCCAUCACGAUCUGGCAAAAG